AUGGACGUCUUCACCAGAAUCGCUUCGGGAAUCUACAUGCGCCAACCUCGUCGAGGAGAAGACCAUCACCGUCGACCAGCCGAGCAGCACGACCACGGUGCCCGCUUCGUCGGCAUAAGGCUGCGAGACCUGAGCGACGAAGAACUCUACCGCAAGAUCGCCCACGCCAACGACCGCGUGGCGGCAGCCAAGACGAGGUACGAAUCCCUGUGCCAGCAACGCCGCGCGCUAGAAGAACAAGCCCGACGGCUGGGCAAGGAGAUGGACAGCACUGAGAGGGAGUUGAACUAUUGGCGAGUCUGGCGAAGCGAUUGUCUGGACGAGCAGAAGGCCAGGGAGAGGUACCAGGAGGAGGAGGAGAGACGGAGACGGCGGGAAGGCAGGGAGAGUUUUCGUCGCGGCUGGUGA